CACAUGUUACGCGGGGUCAGCAUUUGAUGCAACUUUGGGAAAUCGAUGAAGAACGUGAAUCCGAAUGGGUGCCUUUCCUUGUUACUUGUUACACUUGAACAGCUGAAGUCAGUCCUCGAGUCAAUGGCAUACAAUUUCGAAUCUCGACUGUCCAGGCAUUUUCAGACGCUAAGAAAGUUCGUCGUUACUAGUGUCGCCGUCGAUGCACUCAAUUAUGCCAAACUGGCCACCAGUCCAUACUGCUUAUUACGUACUUCGGUAUUAAUAUAACUACGUAUAUUGCACAUUACCAUAUUAAGAAUGAAUUACUUUUGGUCAUUAGUGAUGUCAUUAGCCAUGACUGAAAAUAUUAUUUCGUUCGAUAAAUUCGUAACGCCUACCAAAUAUUGUAGGGAUAAAGAAAGAUUGGUAACAGCCGAGGAAAAUGAUGAGUAUUUACUGAUUAGUGUUGAGAUUGAUACAAUCGUGGUGAUGGAAUGUCGUUUUUGCAACGACAAUGAAGAAAGACAGAGAAAAAUUUGGUAUUAUCAAGAUCGCUACAGAGAAUAUCCAGAGAAAGUGGUAGAACUAGGGAUGGACAAUAACAUGUCGUAUAAUAGAAUCUAUACUACACCCCAGCUUUCUUUAGUAAUUAAGAAUCUUGAGAUCACGGAUACUGGCAUUUAUUUGUGCCAUGGUGAGGAUGGACAGGAGAUUGAAAAUAAAUUCAACUAUAGAAUUGAACUGAUUUUUAAGGACCACAGCAUCGUACGCACAGAGCAAGGGAAUAUAACAGAAUGGGAGAAAUAUCGAGAAAUAUAUCUGGCACCGAUUACUACUAGAUUUUCAAUCUCUCAAAUGUUAGAAUUAACUGAAAUUCGAGACGUUGGAGUAACUAUGCAUGUAAUUUCUGAAUGGACACCUUGGAGUCCGUGUGAAAAUUGUUUAGGUAAUCGGGGCUAUAAAUCGAGCAUAGGAAAGUGUAGAUUAAAACGAUUUAUAAAUAUGACAAUUGCAAAUCAGAGCGAUUCGACGAUAGUUAAAUUCUUCCGAAAAACUCCGUUAUUACCCUGCAAAUCUAUUUUACUCGAAAAAGAGUUUCCUGGUGUCAGUAUCGCGGUGCGGUAUUUGCCAGACUUCAUUCUUAAGGAAUCCUGUAAAAAAUGUGUACGCGGAAAAAAGAAGUGGGCUCGAUCGUUUAGAUACAAGAAACGAUUUGUACUUGCAGAAGGAGCUUAUCUCACUAUCGUUUGUCCAGAAUCGAGUUUAGAUACGCAAGUGUCGUGGAAGAAGGAUUCGAUUACAUUGGAAAGAGGCAUCCGUCGAUCAUUUCGUAAAUUGGAUCCAGUUGCACGCGUGGUAGUAGACGCCUUUGGAACACUUUAUCUAAUAGACGUGUCCAUUCACGAGGAAGGGAACUAUACCUGUACUGUCGACAAUAUUAAAGUGAUGCAAUUAAAUGUAAUUGUUGUUCCCAAAGUUAAACUAUUAACGCAAGAAUUUUUACGUCAUUUGGGAUACUUGGGAUUUAUAUUUCUGCUGUGCUUGUUUUGCUACUGCAGUGGAUUGGUUCACACGUACAGACGAUGGUACAAAUCUCGCGAAGUCGAUUCAACGAAACAGGAAAGAACAGAACAAGUACCGUUUAUCAAUCAACAACAAUAAUUUGAAAAAUGACUAAAUAACACAUAAUAAAUAUUACGUAUCGUAUAACGCAGUAACUUUUGCUUUUAUUCGAUCAAAAGUGUAGUUACGAGUCAUGCAGGCACAAGUUUCUUUUCCAAAAAAAUUAACAAGAUUAUUGGAUGAUUGUAUGAAGAAAGUGGGGGUAAAAAGCUGGAGUGGGACGCUCUGGCUUUAGUCAGAUCGAAAACCCCCAUUAAGCUGAUGGUCUCC